UCCCACUCUUCUUAUCUGUCAAGAGAUAUCCGAUUGACCUUCGUAGAACCAAAGUAUCGUCGGCUGAUCUCAAGAGGAGCUCCAAAGGAAUCUCAUCAUGUCCAACGAGAUCAAGGAAGUCACCCGACCCAAUGACAGCGAUGAGCUCGUCGGAUUCCGAGAGGAUCACAGGACAUUGGAGGAGCUGGGAUAUGCUCAAGAGCUUCCUCGAACCAAAUCCUUCCUGACCCUUUGGGCAAUGACCAUCGUCCUCUCUUCUGUCCCCUACGGUCUUUCCACGACUUUUUUCUACACUCUAGGUGAUGGAGGAGCCAUGGUAGCCAUCUGGGACUGGAUCAUCAUGUCAAGCAUUUACGUCUGCGUCGCUGUUUCUCUCGGUGAAAUCGCCUCUCAAUAUCCUGUCUCGGGUGGUGUCUACUAUUGGUCGUACAUGCUUUCCCCCAGAAAGCUCAAACCACUCGUGUCCUGGAUCGUGGGAUGGUUGUCAGUCGUCGGAAACAUCACAGUGACCCUCGCUGUCAAUUUUGCGACGGCUCAGCUCAUCCUCUCGUCUGUCAUCCUCUUCAACCCGACCUACGAGCCCCAGCCGUUCCACACCGUUCUCACUUCGAUGGCCAUUAUCAUCCUCCUCGGUGUCAUCGCUUUGGUCGGACAGCAGUGGAUGCACCACGUGGAUACUUUCACCAUCAUCAUCAUCGUGUCAGCUGUUCUCGCCACAGUUAUCACCUUGCCGGUCAAAGCACACAUGGGUCACAGAUCUGCUGAAUACGUUUUCACUAAAUUCGUCGACAUGGGUGCCGGAUGGCCUCGAGGCAUGCAAUGGGUCCUCGGCCUUAUUCAAGGUGCCUACUGUUUCAGUGCCACGGGAAUGCUGCCCGCUAUGGCGGAAGAAGCUAUUCUUCCAGAGCUGUCGAUUCCUAGGGCGAUGGUAUGGGGAGUUGUAGUAAACGGUACUUUGGGUCUCAUGUUCCUCCUCCCCAUCAUGUUCACCCUCGGAGAUCUCAGCCGAAUUCUUGCCAGUCCUACUGGUCAGCCGUUGCCUGAGAUUUUCUUGGAGGCUACUGGUAGCACCAAGGCUGCGUUUGGUCUCUUCUUCCUGAUCCUUGUCAUUGGUCUAUCGUGCGGUCUUGCUUGCUCCCAAGCCGCUUCUCGAUGUGUCUGGGCCUUCGCCCGUGAUGGCGGUCUCCCCGGAAGAUCCAUCCUUGGCAAGACCUCUGCGCGAUUUGAAAUGCCUCUGAACGGUUUCCUCCUUCACUCGAUCAUCCAAUGCGCUCUUGCCUGCAUCUACUUCGGCUCGACCGAAGCCUUCAACGCUUUCUUGGGUGUUUCAGUCAUCUGUCUCGGGUCGGCUUGUUUCGUGCCCAUCCUCGUCUCGUUCCUGGAAGGACGUAAGAAGAUCCAAGGGGCAAAGUUCUACAAAGGCAAAUUCGGUUACUUCGCCAACGUUGUCUCCAUCGCUUGGUUCACGCUGGCUAUUCCCAUUCUGUCUUUCCCUCCUUACCUUCCUGUCACCGAGGUCAACAUGAAUUACGCCUCUGUCGUCUUCGUGGCUGCCGCAGCCUUGUGUUGCGUGUGGUACCUUGCCUUUGGACGUAAACACUACCAGGGACCUCCUGACAGUCAUACUGGACUUUGAGAAUCUCAUCUGGGGCGUGUUUUAGAGGUGUGCUAUCAGACUUCAACAGUUUUUUCUUAAUCAGCAUGUUUCUCAUAGAUGGACGAUCUAUAGAAAGUGUACACAAUAUCUUGGGAAUAUGCGAUGGCAUGCAUGGGUGUUUGAUCUGGG